AUGGACGGGACGGAUUUCCUGCUCGGGGGAAUUGGUUCCAUGGGAGCCACGCUGAUAACGAAUCCGCUUGAGGUCGUUAAGACGAGAAUGCAACUGCAGGGCGAGUUGGCAGCGAAGGGAACGUACCACAAACCUUACCGCAGCGUGGUCGAUGCGUUUAUUACGAUUGCUAAAAAGGAUGGGUAUGCAGCGUUACAAAAAGGACUAGCACCGUCGCUUUGCUUCCAGUUCAUUCUCAACUCGUGCAGAUUAGGCAUAUACAAUACGGCCAACGAGCAUGGAUGGACGAAGCAGAGGAACGGCCAUCAAUCGAUUCUAAAGAGUGCCUUCUGGGGUGCAACUGGAGGAUUCGUUGGAUCGGCUUUAGCGAGCCCGUUCUUCAUGCUACGCACCCAUCUGCAAUCGCAAGCCAAGGCAGAAAUUGCGGUCGGUUAUCAGCACCAGCACACCGGUAUGAUAAGUGCAAUUAAAGACAUUUUUAAGAAGCACGGCAUGCAGGGACUUUAUCGUGGAGUUGCUGUAACUAUGCCACGAGCCCUGCUCGGUAGCGGAGGCCAAUUGGCCGCGUUCGGAUACACGAAAGACUUCCUGGUGCGUCAUCCGAUAGUGUCGAAACAAACCGACACGUUCGUUUCCACCGUUGCCGGUGCAGUGGGAGGGACGGUAAUGGCCAUCACGAUGACUCCACCGGACGUUAUAGCGACGAGACUUUACAACCAAGGAGUGGAUGCCAAGGGUAAGGGCAUCUACUAUAAUGGUGUAGUGGAUUGUUUCAUUAAAAUACUGAAAUCGGAAGGCGUCGGAGGCCUUUAUAAAGGCUUUUGGCCACAUUACAUGCGGAUCGGUCCGCACGCUACGUUGGUAUUACUGUUUUUCGAUGAACUGAAGUCGAUGCGCAGAAAAUAUUAUGAGGCUAAAUAG